CGAAAAAAAUAGAAAUCGCUAAAUCAUUAGAUACAUUUGGAGUAGAAUAUAUCGAAUUAACAUCACCGGCUGCAUCUGAACAAUCAAGACAAGAUUGUCAAGAAAUUUGUAAUUUAGGAUUGAAGGCAAAAAUAUUAACUCAUAUACGGU